AUGAAUUCAAUUCUCAAGUUCAGAUACUUAAUAAAGUUGGAUUUCACUCUUAAAAACUUAAAGAACUUUAUUAGACUUACCAGAUUUAUGAUUUAUUAGAACUUCUAAAUUACAUACAUAUAAUAAAAUUAAGAUUAAUUAUUACUUUCAGAAUUUAUAGAAAAUAAAGACUUUGAAUUUGAAAAACUGACAUCUAAAUUAUUUUAAGAAAAAUCAGUCUGUUUCAAAUUAUCUUUUUCAUAAUUUCUGAUCCUGAAUCUGAAGUUAGUUUAAAGGCCUUGA